AUGUAAUCAAACUUAAAGAAUCAAUCGAUUGUUUUAAAAUCAUUAAAAGAAAUACAUUUAAUUGAAUAUAAUAAAGUAAUCAAUAUAUAAUUUCAGAAGGAUUUAUUUAUUGGAGAUAAAGGAGCUACAGUUAUUUCGAAUUUCAUUGAAUAAAUUUAAUAAUUAGAAAGUUUAAAACUUGUGUUUAGUUAGAAUAAUAAUCUAAGUUCCUUAGGAUUAUCAAAAAUAAGUUAAAGUAUUGGUAAAUAAAAUAAUAUAAUAGAUUUAUCUAUUGAAAUACAAGGAUUGAAUGAAAUUGAUACAAAUGGUAUAAAAUCAUUUGGAGAAAUCUUUGAAAAAUUAAAAAUUUUGAAAUCUUUGUCUUUUUGUAUUUGUAGAAAUAAUAUUUUAGAUGGAAUAUCAUUUCUGAUGGAAGGAAUUAAAACUUUAAUAAAUUUGGAAACUCUUAUUUUAAGCUUUUAAAGAAAUGUUAAUUUAGGUUCUUCUUUCAUGAAGAAAGUAGAGAGUGCUUUAUAGUUCAUACCAAAUUUAAAAUAAUUAAACAUUUCGUUAGGAUGGCAAUCUAAAAUAGGUAAAGAAGGUGCUUAAAGCUUAGGUGUAAUACUAUAAAAUUAAAAAAAUUUAGAGUUUUUAAUCAUUAAUAUAGGCUCAGAUAAUAACAUUACAGGAGAUGGAUUAAAUUACAUAAGUUAGGGCUUAAAAUUUUUAACAAAAUUAAAAAAUUUGAAUCUUUAUAUAGGUUGUCACAUAGCUAGACUAAUUAAAUGA